GAUUAUUUUCUCAGUCAGUUACCAGCGUUAGUAUAUGUUUGGUUAUGUUUUCAUAACCUUAUUUUACUGCCAGAAUUUCUAACCAUGAAUGGUGUAUGGAAAGUCUGCAUGAAAAAUAACUUCGUUUUAAAAUUGUUUACGCAAGUGUCACCGCAAGCUGUGUAUUUAUGUGCGAGGUACAAAAACUUGCUAAACAGAAAUGUGGUGAGCGGAUUUUGCACACAAGAUUUCUGUGUCAGUUUUGAUGAUCCUGCAGUUCAGAAAUAUCUUGGAAAACUUAUGAUGGAAUUUAAGACACUUCAAACAGAGGACGAUCGGUAUGAGGGCAACAAGAGAAGAAAACUGCUUGAAAUACAGCCAGUAAUUAACUUACUUGAGGAAAGGAAAGCAGUUAUUGAAAAUUUAGCUUGUUUAAAAGAAUUAACAUCAGAUGUGUCUAAAGACAAAGAAUUUCAAUCUGCUGCUAAUGAGGAACAGGAGAUGUAUCAAGAAAAAAUAAAGGAGCUGGAAAACAUGCUCCUGUCAGCUCUUGUGCCACAAGAUGACGAAGACAGAUUUAGUGACAUUAUGUUGGAAGUGUCUGCAGGUGUUGGGGGACAGGAGGCCAUGCUUUUUGCCAAAGAGUUAUUCGAUAUGUAUUACAAUUACAUAACAUACAAAGACUGGGACAUGCAGACUGCUGAUCUAGAAGUUUCAGAGUUAGGUGGUCUGCGGCAUGCAAGUUUGCUUGUGUCAGGGAAAGAUGCUUACCGGUAUCUGAAAUAUGAGGCGGGGGUCCAUAGGGUGCAGAGGGUGCCAGCAACUGAGAAAUCUGGUCGAAUUCAUACCAGCACAGUAUCUGUUGCGGUCCUGCCCCAGCCAGAAGAGGUUGAUAUUGUUCUACAUGACAAGGACCUGAAUGUAGAGACAAAACGAGCAAGUGGAGCAGGUGGUCAACAUGUCAACAAAACUGAGAGUGCAGUGAGAAUAACACACCUGCCAACAGGAUUAAGCGUGGAGUGCCAAGUGGACAGAUCGCAGAUUAAGAACCGACAGAUUGCCAUGCAGACCCUCAAAGCUCGCAUCUAUCAACGGCAGCUGGAGGCACAGGAUGCUGCAACACAGGCAGCAAGAAAGCAACAGGUGGGAUCCAGUAUGCGUUCUGAGAAGAUCCGGACGUACAAUUUUAAUCAGGAUCGUAUCACUGAUCACCGUUUGAACGUCAACGUCUACAACUUGAGCAAAUUCCUAGUGGAUGGAAAGCAGCUGGAUUGCCUAGUAGAUAAACUGCAAGUGAUGACAAAUAGAGACAAGUUGAUGAGAGUGCUUUCUAGAGCACAAACUGAAUGACUCUUUGAGUUUGAGUUUCUGGUACACGGUGCCUCAUUUCAAUGCUGUGGUUUUUUUGUAGCGCACCUCAUCAAUCAUCAACAACAUCAAACAUCACAGGCUUGGAGCAGAUUUUUGCCAUUGUCUUUAAAUUACUUGUUAUUUGUCUUUGUAGUUAAAACGUUUUUGCCUUCUUUGUUAUAGGCAUAUUAAUUCAAGUGUACUGAAAUUGUAUUGAACACUGUCCUCUAUUGGAGGUGCAUAUAUGUAACAUUUUUCAAGGAUGAAACUUUUCAGUUAUUUCUUUUUGUGUACAAAAAUUUUGUUUGCACAGUAUUGACAUAUAAUAAAUAUUUUAUGAAUGUACUCUGGGUGACAUUUCUAUGGCAACCAGAAUUUACCCUUUCUGAGGAAAAAUCAUAUUGUUUUGUUGGCAUGAUUUUCAGUAUGGAUACAUUGAAUCACAAAUAUGUACAUGUUGGUAUAUCUGUGUAUUUAUGGCAAUGAGGCAAUCACUGUGAGAUACCAUCAGAGUCUUCAGAUGUGUUGUGUAUUGUAGAUUCUGUAUGAUACUAUAUUGUAUAUAAUUUAUGUUGUUUCAAAACGUUGAGAAAAAUAAAAUAAAUACAGCUUUGCCUGUCAUGGG